CGAGUGAAGAGCGAAAGCGGUUUCGGAACAAGGAGCGAGCCUGACUUGCGACCUCCGACGCUUGAGGAUGACUGCCGAUGGUUCGUGGCUUUGUUCGAUUAUUCGCACCACAUGUCACCCAAUGCGAACGCGGAGGCGGACGAGUUAUCCUUCCGGAAACAUCAGCUGAUUAAGGUGUACGGCGAGGUGGAUGCUGACGGUUUCUACCAUGGACAGAUUGGCAAUCGGGUUGGACUAGUGCCAUCGAACAUGGUCAUUGAGAUCGCCAAAGAUGACCUUUUGCCGAGAAGGACCCGAACGGAUGCCGCUGUGCCUUCGGGAGCUGAGCCGACCCUUCGGCGAAUGCGAUGGGGGUCGUUAAAAUCGCGAAGCUAUGAUCACGCAGGCGACAGGAGGACUCACGAUAGGCCCCCGGCGACAUCACACGUCGCAUCGUCGCUUGAUCGGCGAGAAAUGGAAAGGCGAGAGGUGUCAGCGACAAGGGGUGAGCGAUAUCGCAGGAGUAACGGGCGCGAUUACGAAUACCGGCGAGACUACGAUGACUGGUACCGAGAAGGGCGAGAACCAAGAGAGCAUCGAGAGAUGCGCGAACCUCGGGACAUGCGCGAUCCCAGAGCUAUGCGGGACGACUACCAUCGCGACUACCGGGACGAUGAGGAGUAUCGAGCGGAAAAGUACCGAGAUCGUGGCUAUGAACGAGAACGGGAUCAGGAAUCCUAUCGACGAGAUCGCCGCGAUGAAGGCUACCGAGAAGAUCGGCACUAUGAUCCUUAUGCACAACGGUACGACCAAGCCACUGCUGGUCCAUCGGGUACCGCACAACCGAUGGCUCCGUCACAACAGCCUGGCCCGGGUCAGAACCAUGGUGGUCAGCCUCAAUUGGCUCAGUUGGCCCACCAGCUGGGUCAAAUGCAGAUGGCAACAUCGGCGAUGCAACCAACGGCAGCUCAGCAGGUGCCUCAGAUGUUACCUGGUCUGUCAACUGGAAUGCAACCUGGCAUGUUGGAUACGGGUAUAAAUGGUGUACCGACAAAGAAAAUGGUGGCAAAGUUUGACUACGAUUCUCGUCAGUUGAGCCCGAACGUGGACGCCGAGCAGGUGGAGCUAUCUUUCCGGCAAGGAGACAUCAUCACAGUUUAUGGGGAGAUGGACGACGACGGUUUCUACAUGGGAGAGCUGAACGGGCUACGGGGUCUAGUGCCGUCGAACUUCUUGCAGUCUUCCCCACUCACGACGCUUGCUCCUUCACAGCCUACGGAACCGAUGCGGAAAGGGGUUGCAUUCUCAGACGCGCAAGCCGUCGCGGCUAAGAAGAGUAUGCCAACUCGUCAGAUAUCACAGACUUCGUCGGUCACUCCCACAACUGCGAAACCGAUGUCGAAGAAGUCCACGGCAGCCGCACCAGGCGGCAAGCCUCUGACGAAGAAGGCUAGUGAUGUCGGCAAAGCGUCAGCUCAAAAUGUGCGGAAAUCGAGCGCAGCCGUGAAGAAGGGCGAUUCGUCAGGCAAGGUUAGGAAAGGCUAG